CAUUAUUCUGUCAUGCUCUUUCUCUCUUAUUUUAGUAGUGACAUCAAUGACAUGGAAGUAGAGAAUGAUACCCAAAUUUCAGAAUUUCUUCUUCUGGGAUUUUCUGAGGAACCAGAAUUGCAACCCUUCCUCUUUGGGCUGUUUCUGUCCAUGUACUUGGUCACUCUACUUGGGAACCUGCUCAUCAUCCUGGCUGUCAGCUCAAACUCUCACCUCCACACACCCAUGUAUUUCUUCCUCUCCAACCUGUCCUUUGUAGACAUCUGUUUCACCUCCACCACCAUCCCCAAGAUGCUAGUAAAUAUACAAACACAGAGAAAAGCCAUAACUUAUGAAAGCUGCAUCAUGCAGAUGUACUUUUUCAUACUUUUUAUAGGUUUGGACAACUUCCUCCUUACUGUGAUGGCUUACGACCGCUUUGUGGCCAUCUGUAACCCCCUGCACUUCAUGGUCAUCAUGAACCCCCGGCUCUGUGGAUUGCUGGUUUUGGUGUCUUGGAUCAUGAGUACCCUGCAUUCCUUGUUAGAAAACUUAAUGAUGUCACAGCUGUCCUUCUGUACAGAGGUGGAAAUCCCCCACUUUUUCUGUGAACUCAAUAAGAUGAUCCAACUUGCCUGUUCUGAUACCUUUCUGAAUAACUUGGUGAUGUAUUUUGCAACUGUGCUGUUGGUCGGUGCUCCUCUGACUGGCAUCCUUUGCUCUUACUCUAAGAUAGUUUCCUCUAUACGUAGGAUCUCAUCAGCUGAAGGGAAGUACAAAGCAUUUUCCACCUGUGCAUCUCACCUCUCAGUUGUCUCUUUAUUUUAUUGUACAGGCUUAGGAGUGUACCUUAGCUCUGCUGCUCCCCAGAGCUCCCAUUUGAGUGCAGUAGCCUCGGUGAUGUACACAGUGGUCACACCCAUACUGAACCCCUUCAUCUACAGUCUGAAGAACAAAGAAAUAAAGGGGACUCUAAUUGUAUUUUUCAAGAGAAAGCCAUAA